AAGGUCAUUUAGAAUGUUUUUUUAGAGUAGAAUGUCGUCGUUGAAUAUAUUUGCUGGGGUCCCGCUUCCAGUCAUCUUAAAAACACUUUGCCUUUGGGUCUGCUUCUUCAGUAUAGCACUCUGUGAUUCUGUACGUGGUCCAACCCUCCUUGAUGUACGGGAUGAGGUUGGGGUGUCUACUCAAGCAAUGUCCUAUACCUUCAUGCUAGCAGCCAUAGGAGGUCUGGGAGGCUGUAUCGUCGCCGGUAUUUUGCUUGACAGAUUUGCAACUUCAACCCUCUACCUUGUCCUGCUGUUCAGGUUACAAAAUAUUUGUCUCUCAAAUAUUCUAAAUCAGUUACAGCACCCGGACAUCCCGACCAUUGACCAUUUUUUAAGUUAUCAAAUACUCAUUAUAUUGUUAAGAACUGAGAAUUUCUCGUUGAGGUUAAACAAAAAAAUCAAAAAUGGUUUUUUGAUUUUUCACAAAUGUAAAAUUGUUGUCGGAUAGCUGCAGUUAAUGGUU